AUGGCAGAUGUACUGCUUGGGGUCGCCAACUCCUUGGUGCAGGGGACCAUAGCCAAGGUACAGUCAGCGAUAGAGGAGUCGUCAAAGCUGCAGCAGAGUGCACAGCAUGACUUGGUGUUUAUUGUUGGUGAGUUUGAGAUGAUGCAAUCCUUUCUCAGCUCCACCACUAAGAACGUCACGAACAACGUCGUGGGCACCUUUGUGGCUCAGGUACUUGACCUUGCCUACGACGUGGAAGACAGCAUCGAGUUCGUUGUUCACUUAGACACCAUGUCUGAAUCAGACCGAUGGUGCCGUAUGAUACCAUCAUGCAUGCGGCCGCCGCUGCCCCUAGAUGAGGCUGUUGGCAUCAUAGCGCAAAUGAAGGUGAGAGUUCAGGAUGUGAUCCAGAGGAAGGAGCGUUACACACUUAUCAGCGAUUCUGGUGGCUCCAAUCCUGUCAUGGAGAUGAAGCAGCUGCACAACGUCAGUUCAUCGUUUGACAUGCUCGCUGAAGCAGGGAGCAGCGCCAUGAAUCAACGAGACAUGGAUGCUCUCACCAAGUUGGUCACCAAGAGGGGCAGUCACCGUCAGGUGGUCUCAGUGUGGGCUUUAGGGGGCGAUCAUGGAGCAGCGUGCAAGUCCAUCAUCAGGAAGGCCUACAACAACUCAAAAAUCUGGCAAGAUUUUAGCUGCCGUGCUUGGGUGAAGCUUGGGAGCCCUUUCAAUCUCCCUGAGUUCUGCAGGAGCUUGACGGAUCAGUUUCGUGGUGCUGGUCCAGUGAAAGACGAUCAUAUCGCUGAUGAGUUCGAGGAGCAAGUGAACAACCGACGAUACCUUGUUGUCCUAGAAGACCUCUCCACCAAGGAAGAUUGGGGUGUUAUUAUAGAAAAGCUUCCAGACAAGAGUAACAGCAGUUGUAUUGUCGUCCUCACAGAGCAGUUCCAGGUCGUAAGCUUCUGCACCGGGCUUCGAUACAUUCAGCAUUUCUGGGCUGAUUACUCAGUAUGUACCUUUUACGAGGAGGUACCUGCUAAUAAUGCCCUAAUUGGACGCACAUCAGAUAUCAAUCAACUUCCUGGGUAUCUAGCUAAAGCACGUAUAAAUGAAUUGCAUGUGAUGUCCGUGUGGGGGAUACCUGGAUCUGGGAAAUCUGCUCUUGUUAGAAAUUUGUACCACGAAAUGGCACACCUAUUUGAGGAGCAUGGCUGGGUGGACAUAUCCCAUCCAUUCAAUUUAAAGGAUUUCUCUCAGAGCCUACUUUUCCAGUUUAAUUCACAUUCACUCGAAGCAAAUGAAGCUAUAGGCCCUGUUGAACAGUGUCGCAACCUUCUAAAAGAUCGCAGGUGCCUUGUCGUUAUUGAUGAUCUAGAUCUACAGCUCACACAAGAAUGGGGCAAGAUACGAGCUGCCUUGCUAUCAAGACCUACUGAAAGUGUUAUUAUCGUUAUUACAAAUGAAGAAAAAAUUGCCUUCCACUGUGCGGACAGAAAAGAUCUUGUCUUUAAUGUCAAAGCUUUAAGUGUCGAGGCAGCCAUUGAUCUCUUCAAAAUGAAGGUACGAAGUCCAUUUUUUUCUGUUGAUAAUAUGGAGAAUGAAGUGGUCUUGCAGCAACUUAUUAGAAAGUGUGGUGGACUUCCAAAAGUAAUAGUUGCUUUAGCUGAGAUUUUGAGCCCAGUCUAUAAUUGGAGAGAAAAGGCCAGUAUGUUGAAUGACAAUUUCGUGCUCAACCUGGAGACCAUGCCAGAGUCUGAUUGUUUACAUGGUCUAUUUAGCUGGAUGCAAUCCUACUUCGAUGCUUUGCCAAUGCACUUCAGGAAGCUUGUUGCAUACCUAUUAAUUUUCCCUGGACACAGCAGCACUCGGGCGGCGGCGUUUGGUGAUGCGGUUGGGCGCAGAGGGGCAAUGAUUCAGCCACCACCACUUACAACAAUCACAAAUAUGAGAAUGGUCUCGUUUAAAGUCAAUGCUAUCUUCCGUGAGUACAUGAUCUCACGACCUCUGAAAGAAAAUAUUGCAACCGCAAUUGAGCUCUUUGUGCUCAAAGGAACUUGCAGUCCAACAAGUAGGCGCAGAGGACGGCACCUUGUCAUAGAACAAAGCUGGACAAGAGAUAGGAUAGUGUUUGGGAAAAUUGACUUUUCGAGGCUAAGGUCUCUAACAGUGUUUGGGCAAUGGGAAUCGUUCUUCAUCUCUGAAGGAAUGAAGGUUCUUCGGGUGCUUGAUCUUGAGGAUGCAUCAGGUGUGACAAAUAAAGACCUCCAGAACAUCUUAAAGUUGCUGCCCCGUCUAAAGUUCCUUUCUCUGAGGGGAUGCAGUGAGAUCAGCUAUCUGCCAAGUUCAGUGGGUCAACUAGGACAGCUCCAAAUGCUUGAUAUCAGAUACACCAGCAUAGUCACCACUCAAGCGUCCAUCACUAAGCUAAAGAAGCUGCAAUACAUCCGGGCGGGCCCUGUGUUUUCACCUGAGGAUCCAUCAGCGCAUCGUUCUGUAGCAUUGAAGUUCUCAGACCUCCGCAGAUGCCAUCAACUAGUUGGUGUCAAGGUGAUGACUGGGAUCGGAAAACUGACCGCUUUGCAUACACUUGGAGUGAUCAAUGUUGGUUCAGCAGGGGGCAAAGGCAUCCUGAAAGAGCUCAAGAAUCUCACCCAACUGCACAAACUUGGAGUGUCUGGGGUAAGCAGGAAAAAUGGCAAGGAGUUCUGUUCUGCCGUCUCAUGUCACUCCCGCCUAGAGUCCUUGGCAGUGUGGCUCAGGAACGACAGUCAAAAUUGUUUAGAUGACAUGGUCCCUGUGUUUGCAAAUGAACUUCAGAGCCUAAAGCUGUACGGUCAUGUAGAAAAAUUGCCCAGGUGGAUCAAGGAGCUUUACAACCUCAAAAAGUUAAAUCUGGAGUUGGACACAUUGUCGGACAAUGACAUGAAAGUCCUUGGGGAUCUACAACAACUAUGUGUUCUACGUUUUCGUGUCAAGCCACGUCAUGAUGGUAAUAUCAACUUUAAUGUGGUGGUAGAGGGUGUAGAGGAUCACAGUUAUGAAAACAUUAAGAUCCUCGAGAUUGCUAGCGCAUCCAACUUGCAUUUAACUUUUGGAUCACGAACCAUGAAAAACCUUGAGUUGCUCACGGCUGGCUGCUGUAAUAAUGGAUCGCAGCUGCAGUUUGAUGGGUUAAAUCAUCUCUUGAAACUUAAGGAUGUGCGAGUUAUUGGUUCUAAAAAUGAGAACCUAAGGAAAAAUUUGGAGGACCAAUUUGCUGACCAUAGAAGCAAACCCUCUUUGAAGCUGGAGGAAGUUGUUCCGUCGACUGAGGCCUCCACUGGACGAAACAAUGAACACUAUAUGGCAUUUCCUUUUCAUUGUAGCACUCGAUGA